AUGACUCGAAUACCGCUUCACUCAAUAAAAAGUUGUUAUAACUUACUUAUUAUCACUAUAAUUAUUUUUUCAUUCGUUUCAUACUCACAACAACUAGAAACGACAAUAGAGGAUAAGCCACAAAUCAGAAAAAGAGAUUACGACAAAAGAUUUUAUUAUGCAAUAGAGGUAGCGAAUGAUCUCAUCAUUACCCCAAAAGAUGUAGAGAAUCUACUAAAUAUAAAACACGAGGGAAGAAUUGGUGAACUUGAUAAUUAUCAUUUGUUUAGCUCAGCAAAAGAAGAUGUAACAAUUGAACAUUACGAUAAACGCUUUUCGCAUCUUGCCGAGGAUAAUGAUCGUGUGUUAAAAAGGUUUAACGAGUUGAGAGAACUUCGAAAAGGAGAUUUGGGAUCAUCAACUAUUAAUAAACGAUCUCUUGAAAUCAUUGAUGGAAUAUUAAGCGUGGACAAACAAAUACUUAGAAAAAGACACAAACGAGUACCACUUCCACCACCUACUCCAUCACCAACAGAUAAUUCUCAUAAAUUCCUGGAUCCAGAUGAAAUUGGACAUGAUAUUAAUGUUACGGGCAUAUGGAAAGAAGGAAUAACGGGCAAAGGAGUUGUUGCUGCUAUUGUAGAUGAUGGAUUGGACAUGUAUAGUGAAGAUUUGGCUGAUAAUUUUUACGCAGAAGGAUCAUAUGAUUUCAAUGAUCAUAAUCCACUACCAAAACCUCGUUUAAUUGAUGAUACGCAUGGAACAAGAUGUGCCGGAGAAAUAGCUGCCGUGAAAAACAGUGUAUGUGGUAUUGGUAUUGCUCCAGAUGUCAAAAUAGCAGAUGCUGAUGAAGCGGAGGCUUUGAAUUAUAAAUUCCAAAAGAAUGACAUAUAUUCAUGUAGUUGGGGACCACCUGAUGAUGGGCAGUCGGCAGAGGCACCUCAAGGUGUGAUACUUAAAGCGAUAGUAAAAGGAAUAGAAAAGGGUCGUGGCGGAAAAGGAAGCUUGUUCGUUUUUGCAUCCGGUAAUGGAGGUGCCAAUGAUGAUAACUGUAAUUAUGAUGGCUACACCAACAGUAUAUACACAUUAACUGUUGGAGCUGUUGAUCGUAAGCAUGUACUCCCCUACUAUGCCGAAAGAUGUACUGCCUUAUUAAUCACUACUUAUAGUAGUGGCAGUGGAAGUUAUAUUUAUACAACUGAUGUGGGCGUUAAGAAAUGUACAAAUUUGCAUGGUGGUACAUCUGCAGCUGCACCAAUUGCAGCCGGGCAAACUUAUUCAGAAUCUAUAGUUACAAUGUUCACAUCUGAUAAUUGUACAGGAAUCUUGGCAGGUUGUAGAUGGUAA